GGCUUCCUCGGAGAUUCAAAAUGGCCAAGACCACAGGGUUGAGACUCUGUCUGGCUUUAGCCUUACUUUGCGUCGUUAUCACCCUUUCUUCGGCCAGAGAUAUAAGAACUGAAAGAGACUUGGAAGUAGCUGCCAGCCAUCAUGGUCACCAUGGCGAACAUGGAGGUGGUCAUGAACACCAUGAGCAUCAUCAUGAUGAGCAUGGAGAAAAGGGUGAAAAGGGUCAUCACCAUCAUCAUCACCACCACAAAGGGGAUCAUGGUCAUUAUGGAAAGGAUCACCAUGAAGGUCACCAUGAUGAACACGGUGGUCACAAGAAACACCAUCAUGAUGAGCAUGGUGAACAUGGAGAACAUCAUGAACAUGGUCACGGACACAAGGGCCACAAGCAUGGUCACAAAAAAGGACAUAAGAAGGGAGAGAAGACCCAUGGAUAUCAUAAGAAGGAGCACAAGGAUGAGUACCAUAAGGAACACAAAUUCUACGAUGAUCAUCAUAAGGGAGGUCAUCAUGAGAAACAUGGUGAUCAUCAUGAACAUCACGGAGGAAAGGAAGGCCAUCAUAAGAAGGGAGGUCAUCACCACUCUGGACAUCAUGAACAUCAUCAUGGCAAGAAAGGGCAUCAUGAUAAGGGACAUCAUGAUCAUGAACAUCAUGGGCAUCAUGGAAAGCAUGGACACGAGAAGCAUCAUCAUCACCAUGAAGAUCAUGGAAAGAAAGGUCAUCACCAUCAUGGAAAGAAGUUUGGUUAUCAUGAUGGGCAUCAUUAAUCUUUUGCUACAAAACCAAAAGUACCAUCUAAACUUUGUUGUUUAUUGUUGAUUGUUGUUCAUAUCCGUUGAUUAUUUUUAUGGGUACUUUUCGUAUUUCUCAGCCCUGUUUAUUUUAUUAAU